UGAAGACACAGCUGCCUCUCUGAAAACAGGCGUCUUCCGCAAGUAGACUUCCACUGGAGGAAAAACCAAGAAUGUCCUGCAACUGUGCCUUUUCAACUUGAUUUUUCCCGCAAUGUGUUUGUAUUUGGAUUAAGUUUAAACGCCAUUUGGAGGGACUCCGUCGGCAUGGGGGCAAUGAGGAUAACUGUCGCUUCCCGUGGAUGAUGAUGUCCCACAAUGAACGCAGAUUUUCAAAAUCCGCUGCAAGUCCCUCAACCAAAGGUCCGCAGUCAUCUGACCAUCAAAGUGCAGUCCAAGCUGAUGUCAAGGCCUUGUCCCCCAGUCCGUGGUCCAAAACCUCCUGUUGCCCCCAAGCCUAAACCCCUGUAUGAGCCACACCAACAGGGGGAGCUGUGUUCCCCACAGAUCCUCAGUAACGGAGACCUGGCUCACUCUGAUAGGGACAUAGAAGAUCUUCAUGAGAUGGUGGAGGAGAACCAGGACAAUGAGAAAAGUGAAGCAGAAGAUGGGGUUGAUGACAUAAUAGAGGGAGAAAUAGAUGGCGAAACAGAAAACGUGGACAUAUUAGAUGAUAAUGAUGGCGACAGAGACAGCAUUGGCUCUGAAGACACUGUCAAAGCAGAUGAUGGUUCUACUGUAGACACUACUGAGGAUGAAAGCACUGACAAUAACUUGAACCAGCCUGAAGGUGGCAAUCACACAGAUGAUGAGAAUACAUCUACACCUUCACUUCCUUCAACUGAAAAGGAGGAUGCAGCAGGAGAGGAGGAGGAGGGGGAGGAACAGGGUUUUAGUGAAAAGACUGAAAUACCCUGUGAGCUUUCAGGACACCCAGACGAACAUGUAGAAGAAAAAAACUUGGAUCAAAUACAGUCGCUCAGUCAGGGUGAUAAGGUCAAUGAUAUCGGACUUAAUGAAGCUGACAGUGAACAAAAUGAAGAGCACUGUGACUUACUCACAGAUGAGACUGAGCUGGAAACUGGAGGAUUUGCAUUUGGAUUCAGUGUGCUUCCAACUGUAACUGAGGAGUAUCCCUACGAUGUGAUUGGCCCCACAGAUGAUACUAGUGAUACAUGUGAAUCAUGUGACCCAGCUGAAACAGAGGUGUGGCAACCAGAGCGUGCCACCAAGGACGUCUCCGGCUGUUUUCGAUUCACAUCCAGCACUGAGGAUGUGUUCGGGCCUUAUUCAGUCAUUGAAUCUGUUCCGUCAUAUUUGACUGCCACUGCCGACCCCGAGUGGGCUCAGGAUGAUACUGAUGACAAACCGUCAAAUGAACUGCAAACGCCAGGUGAUUCUAACCAGGAACCUUAUUAUGUGUCAUCAGAUGACGUGGACAAGCAAGAGGAUAAGGAAGCCCUCUCCGAACAGGCUGAGAUUGAAGAAGGCACCGAACACUUGGAUCAGCAAGCAAAGGACAGCGAGUCAGCAGAUGAGUAUGCAAACAUUGAUGAUUCCCUAUGCCCUAAAGAAGAUGACGAGCAGGUAGAGUGUGUCUCAUCAGAGGAUUAUGUUGAGAUAGGUGAUGAGGAGGAAGAUGAAGAAACGGAAAAGAGACAUAUUAAAGGAAAAAGUGUAAAAGAAAGAACAGCUAAACGUGAGCAGGCUUUCCUCAGCCACAGAAAAAGCUGCCAGCCUCGUCUCAGGUUGUGUAACAUCACAGUGCCGUUAGACCUAGACCUGGGCCGCACCCCAGAGCUCACCAACAGGGUGGUUUUCGCCCACACCACUGAGGCCUUUGAAGAAGACAUUGAGGAACUGGACUGCCAUAUUGUGCCUUUUUAUGAGGACACAGAGUCAGACAGCGAGGAGCAUAUAUACGAAGAGGCUGGGUUUGACUCAGAAGGGGAGAACUUUAUGACACUGGAUAGGAAGACUAUUGUCACUCGAUCACGCUCUUAUUCUGGGAAAUUUCCAGCUUAUGUCCCAGAGACUGUGCCAGAGGAGACAGGGACAGAGUACCAGAAUCAUGACUACUGCACAGUGGCCUUGGAUAAGAACGGUGAACCACUCAGUCAUUCACAGAAGCCUUCGGUCAACUGUUUGAUCCCAUCGAUGAAGCCUCGUCAUUUCUUGUUGUAUUCACGUUCUGCUGAGGGUGCAGAAUUGUCCCUUACCACCCCCACAGAGGAUGGCAAAUCUCUAAAGGAUGAGAUCAGGAUGAAGAGGAAAGAUGACACUCUUUCCCUUCCAUGUGUCAUAACUUCCUCUGGAAGCUUCUCCCAGCGUAGCCAUCAGUCAUCCAGUGGUGUUUCCACACCAACCUCUCUAGUGGAUAUCCCUCCACCCUUUGAGUUGGCAUACAUCACCAAGAGACCAGUCACCAAAAGUUCUCCUUCCCUUUUUAUCCAGCACGAACCCAAUGACCAACUCAAGAAGAAGAAGUCCUCCUUCAAGCGCUUCCUGGCACUCAAGUUCAAAAGGAAGACAGAUUCAAAAGGUUUUAGCGAUGGAAGUGUUCGCUCUUCACGUUCUUCCUCCGAGUCCAGCCACCACGGCCCAGUGAGGGUCAUAGAGGUUGACCGUAGAAGCACCAGCAGCUCUCCUCAGCUCCAGUCGCAAAUGAUGAACCCACAGCAGCGUCCUUCAGACUUGCCAUCCUCUUUUGUACUCUAUAAAGACCACCAGAGGAGGAAAGGAGACCCCAAAGCUUAUGGCAGAGGCGUCUCCAGAGUAGAGUCUUUUGAGGAGAGGUCUCGUCGCUCCGCCAUGCCUCUGCCUUUAACCAAGCCCCGCUCCAUCUCCUUCCCCAGUGCCGACACCUCCGACUACGAAAACAUCCCAGCCAUGAACUCAGACUAUGAGAACAUCCAGAUCCCAGGCAGACCAGUCAGAUCUCACACUGUGACUGAGUUUUUUGAGGGCUCAAACCGCACGACAGCUCCCUGCAAUGAGAAUGACGGCUAUGUGGAUAUGAACAGUUUCCCUGGGAUUGAAAGCAAACACCAGUCAUUUAAAGAAGACACCGAAAGUGCCUACACAGAGCCUUUCCCACUGAAUCCAGUCUCUGCCGGGCUGUCCGCUGAGGAGGACCACGGGCGUACCUCAGAGGAGGAAGAGGGGGUUGGAGAGCAAAGUUAUGACCGACAGAUUGAUGGGCGAUCCCGAGCGUUCUAUGUCGCGAAGGAGCUCGUUGACACAGAGAGACUACAUGUCAGCACCCUGAAGUACCUUCAAGAGGACUUUAGGUCAGCGGUGGUUGAGGCUGUGGGUGAGGAAGGGGAGCCGGUCUUAGAGGAGCAGAGGUUGGAGGAGAUAUUGGGUGUGCUCCCUCAGGUCUACACUCUGCACAGCAGCAUCCUCACAGAGCUGGAGGAGCACAUUACUCAGUGGGAGGAGAACCAAAGGGUGGUAGAUGUGAUCCUGUCACGUCGCGAGGACUUCGGGGUGUUUGACACCUAUAUCUCUGAGUAUGAUCGCAGCAUGUCUUUACUGGAUGAGAGCUGCAGGAACAACCCAGCCUUCGCCAGCAUCGUCAAGAAAUUUGAGACAAAAAGCCCAGAGGAUGCUGAAGUCCCACUGAAACACCAGCUGCUACAGGUUAUAGUGAGAGUCCUCCAAUAUCGCAUGCUUCUCACAGAUUACCUGAACAACCUCUCACCUGACUCUAAAGAAUACGAGGACACGCAAGCUGCCUUGGUGAUUGUGUCCGAGGUGGCAGACAAGGCCAAUGACAAUCUGAAACAGGGGGAGAACUUGCUGCGCCUGGUCCACAUAGAGUAUAGCAUGAAAGGCAAGAGGGACCUCCUGAAGCAUGGAAGGAUGUUUGUCAAAGAGGGCACACUUAUGAAGGUCUCGAGGAAAAGCCGGCAACCCCGACACCUGUUUCUGAUGAAUGAUAUAAUGCUGUACACCUACCCUCAGCAAGAUGGAAAAUACAGGCUUAAGAACACAUUAUCACUGUCUGGGAUGAAGGUGAGCAAACCCGUCCUAGACAAUGUGCUGAACUGUCUUAGGAUUGAGGUGUCUGACAUCACCAUUACACUCUCUGCCAGCUCGGUUGGAGAGAGGGAGGACUGGUUCCACACGCUGAGUCGAGCCAUAGCCGACCACGCUGCAGGACUCUGUACAUUUGGUGGACCAUGUAGUGAGGCCCGUGAGAAAUUGUGGAUGGCCUUGGGUGAGGCUGCUCCUGUACUGGUGCCAGUGUCUCAUGUAAUGAUGUGCAUGAACUGUACAUCUGACUUCAGCCUCACGCUCAGACGACACCAUUGCAAUGCCUGUGGCAAGGUGGUGUGCCGGGCUUGUUCCAGGAACAGAUACCCACUAAAGUACCUCAAAGACAGGGUGGCCAAAGUGUGUGACCACUGCUAUGCCGAGCUCAGGAAAAGAGGUGGAAGUGUGUCUGGGGCUUGCGGUAAUUCCAGUCCUCGGACUCACCGGGCCAGUCGUCCCCUCUCUGCUGUCUUCCAAAGCCUGCAGCCUCCAAAUCUGUGGAAGAGCAGGAAGAGCACCUCCUCCCUCAACCAGGUGUCACUUGGCGUUGAGGGUUCAACCAUGAGUGGUAGCCUACAGCGCCGGAAGAAGAGCAAAAGGAAGUGGAAGCGGCUGUGGUUCCUCCUCAAAGACAAGGUGCUCUACACCUUCACAGCCCGUGAGGAUAAAGUGGCCUCAGAGAGUCUACCUCUGCAAGGCUUCACCAUUAAGCUGACUGAGAGGCCAGAGGGAGAGGAGAGCAGCAACGUCUUCCAUCUUUACCACAAGAAGACCCUCUACUACACGUUCAGGGCUGAUGAUCAACACACUGCACGCAGGUGGGUCAAUGCCAUGGAGGAGGCUACUGUUUUAUAGCACCUGCUCAGUUAAAUGAACCAGCCCUGCUGUCCAUGACUGCUAGAACUCCUCUACGGAGAACAACAUAGCUACCUGCUGCAUCUGAACUCACACCGUCUGUCAGGAUAUGUCCUGUCUGGCCUGUUGUGGAAUAUUAUAUGAGCAUUUAAUCACCAGAGGAAUCUUAGACAAGCCUGCCUCCCAACGGUAGGGAGGUAAAAGUGGGGAGAGUCUGAAGGAUGCACCUACUGUAUGUGGAGAGAAGUAAAAACCUCUUGUUGGAGUAUAACCUAACACCAGAAAACCUUUUGGUUCCCAAAGCGCUGAUCCAGCAGAGUUCAUAGGAGCCUUCACUUUUCAGGAGCAGCUUGGAUACAUCAAAUGCUUCAUCUAGAAGACUUAGAAAGAACAUCUUAUACCUUCUAUACCUCUUUAGGUAUAGAAGGUAUACAAAAGUUUGCUCUCUCCAACUUUGCUGUAUUACGGUUUUACCUGAGUUUCCACUGGAUUAUUAAACCACUCUUUUUGUCCUGCAGGAGAACAACACCUUUUUCAUUUUCAUACACUUUCAGCCCGCAUCCUUCUUUUGAUGGAUAUAACAUCACUUUGCAAAAAUAUCAAAAACGUUGCUCCAUAGUAGUAUUAGCAGCUAGUAAAAAGGAAAGCAUUUCACCAUUCUAGAAUAUCUUAAGACAUGUUUGGUAUUCUGAAUAUAUAUUGUGAAGUAUACACUGCAAAUAUUGAAGUGAAUUAUAUGAUGUCUUUGUAUAGAAAUGGUGUUUCAUGAUGUUCUGAGUGAGAGGUCAUUUUAACCAUCACAGUGUGUGUACAUUAUAUUACUUGUGAAGUUUUACACAGUGUUACAAAGCUAUUGAAUGACCCUCAGCAUGCCAACCACUCGACAAUAUUUCUUUAGCGACGAACACUUUCAAACGUACUUUGUAUUCGAAUCCGUAGGUUUUGAAAUCUAUUUUAAAAUGUUGUUAGACAUUUCUAAAGUGCCAAUUCAUUUCUUCCAGUUGAAUGCAGUGCAAUUUGCAAUUGAUGAUGAAUGUGCCUGAAAUGAAAUUGUACUCCUUGUUUGUUUAUCACAGUACUGUAAUACUGUCAUUUCUCCAGAAGAGACCUCGGUAACAUUUGCUUUUUAUCUACUCUUAUAUCCUUUAAUCUUCUAGUAUUUUUGACCAAUUCAGUUACAGCCCAGUAACAUAAGAAUAUACUAUUAUGCCAUUUUUAUGAAUGCCUUUUUCAUUCUGUAUAUAUACUGAGGGAUAACUUUAACUACUUUGACUUGUUGGAAACUGCUGAGAAAAAAAGCCACUGUCAAACUACCUAUAACUUUUCAGUGUCAGAGUCAUCUGAGCUGCCCAUUGAAACUCAUCAGUUUAACUCAUCUUUAAACAUCAUACUUUCUCAUAAAUAUGAUUAUGUGAUCCAUUCAGAAUGCAACUGGAUUAUUUAGAAAGCACACCUGUGUUCAUCAGGCACUGUCAGCUUUUCUACCUUUUUCUUAUUGGUUUCUUAUUGGCUAUAGUGUUAUGGAUUGUACCUCUUGCAUAUAGUGCACUGUAAAUGUAAAUGUUUAUGUAUAUAGAUACAUAUAAAAAAUAAACUUCCUUAAAAUUUUACAAAAUGUGUACGUCCACAUAACAUGUACACCAAACUGCAUUUCUUUAAAUAUU